AUGACAAAGAUCCUGCAGAAUUCCCUGCUGCAGCCAAGGACGCGCUACCAGGUGUUGGCCACGAUGAUCGUGAACAUCAUAACAUUCGGCCAUGGCCUGGGCGUGGGCUGGCUCUCGCCGACCCUGUCGAAAAUCCAAUCGCCGAGCUCCCCGCUGGACUUUGAGGUGAACAUCGACGAGGUAUCCUGGCUGGGCUCCAUGAUCGGUCUGGGCAGCUUGUGCGCCAAUCUGACCAUAGCCCUGCUCCUGGAACGAGCGGGCAGAAAGUUCUGCAUUUACCUUCUGGCCGUGCCCUAUGCGUGCCUCUGGAUACUCGUUUACUUUGCCUCGAAUGUUGGCUUUCUGUAUGCCGCGCGAUUCCUGUGCGGAUUCACUGGAGGCGCGGCAUUUGUGGUGUUUCCCAUUUACAUCAGCGAACUGGCGGAUACCAGCAUUCGAGGUGCUCUGUGUUCUUUGGUGAUGCUGUCCUACAACUUUGGCGUGCUGGCUGGCUUUGUAUUGAGCACAUAUUUGCCUUAUCAUGUGGUACCCAUGCUGGGCAUUUGUCUGCCGAUUGCUUACUUUUUGGCCAAUCUAAAGCUACCCGAAACGGCGCCAUAUCUCCUGAGGCAGGGCCAGCUGAGUGCUGCCGAGAUAUCGUUUGAUUAUUACAAAAAUCCAACAGACCGCAAAGCCAAACAGACAACCAAGUGCGAUUUUGACGAGCUUCGAACAGCAGUCCUGGCCCAGCAGUGCCAGAACUCGGAGCCUCUGAGUUACAAGGACCUGAUUACCAGACCCGCCCUGAAGGCCUUUGGGGCAGCUGCUGUCCUCUGCCUGGGACUCGAGUGCUGUAACGUGUACAGCUUCAUCAACUACAUGUCCGAUACCUUUGCCUCGUCCGGACUGGCCCUGGACGCCAACACUUCAACGAUCAUCAUUGGGAUAGUGCAAAUAUUCGGCGUCUAUACAUCGACCCUGAUCGUGGACAUUGUGGGACGACGACUGCUCAUGCUGAUCUCAAAUCUGGGCGUGGGGCUGGGAUGCAUUGCCUUCGGCUGCUUCACCUACUGUGCGGAGCAGUACGAUCUCACGGCUUUCAAUUGGCUGCCAUUGGUGCUGAUGAUCGUCAUCAUUUAUUUGGCAAACAUUGGCCUAAUCGCCCUCUUCUUCCUCCAGCUGGUGGAACUGUUUCCAGCCAAGAUACGCUCGCUGGCCACCUCCAUAUCGGUGGUGUGGAUGAGUAUCUUGAUCUUUGCCACUUUGAAGCUCUUUCCUCUGAUGAUGUUCCACUGGGGCAUAUCGGUCACCAUGUGGUUCUCCGGCGCCUGGUCUUUGUUCACAUUUAUUUAUCUACUAUUUUUCUUGCCAGAAACUAUGGGCAAGUCCAUGAUUGAAGAUUAAGAUUUCUACAUUUAUGCCCCUCUUUACAGCGAUUAUUAUCUGCGAAUUAUACGAUUUGUGAUAGCGAAGAUUACGUUUAAAUCCCCCAAAGUCUGAGCUACCUAAAUCGUAUAAUUUCUCGAAUGCAAAUAGUACUAUCCAUGUCUACUAGAUUGCAGAAAAGCUUGGCAAUCAGCUCAAUUUUUAUAGCCAGAAUGAGGCAAAAGUUUACAGCUCUUUUCAGUUUGAACACCUGACUUUCGCACAGCAUUAAUGAUAGAGCAGCAGUCUUUUCGGGGCACACUUUUAGGAUCUAUAGACAGGUAGAAUCAUUACUCAACAACUAUUACUCUUUAUCAUUAUUAUAGCCAGAAUGAGGCAAUAAAGGUUCCAAUCUCCUGUCAUAUGGCUGUC